GUUUAAAUUCGAUGCCUGUGGUUGUAUAGAAACUUUUUGUUGAUGAAAAUAAUUAGAAUACAUUGUGAACACAAGAUACACAAUUAAAUAAAUAAUGAUUACACAAUAAAAAGUAACUGUGACAUCAACGAUUAUAAAGCUGUGUGCAGACAUGGCCACUCAAAGUGAAAUCAUCAAACUUCAAGGCUCCCCGAGAACCGAUGAUGGGACGCGACUUGGAAGUGCAUCUUCCUUGAGGGGAGGAUCUCGUGUCAUCUUGCCACCAAUCACAAAGCCAGAAACAAGAAGUGACCCAUUUGCUAACAGCAAACUUAUGACAUUCAGACUUGCCAAUCACCAGAAGAACUUACUGAUUAAAAUUCUAAAUGAAGAGGCUGAAAAGGCGGCCAUUGAAGAAAAACAGUACUUUAAAGACCACAAAGAUGAUCCUAAGAAAGUUGAGCCCCAAAUGCCAGACGAGAUGAUGAGCAAAGACAGAAGGAUACAGCUGAACUACCGCUUCCUGAAGAGUUGUGUGGAGAGCGGCCCAGUGGAACCCAUGCAGCACACCUGGCAGGAAGGCAUCCUGAAGAUGAUCCCAGAGCACCUGAAACAUGGGCGGGUGCUGCACCAUCUCAUGCAGGAGCUACUGACAGAGGUCAAGGCGCUCUUUGAGACUAGCAUGAGAAAAUCUAUGGCUCAGCAUGUUUUGAUUACACCAAGUGUCAAGGGGUUGGAGGAUGAAGUGGCAGGACCCCCACCAGAGGAACCAAUUGGCCUGGACUACUCUAAGCCGUGGCACCAGACAUUUGUUGAGAGCCAGAAAACCAUAGAACAGCAGCUGUACAGCCUGCACCCUUCCCACCAGACAGUGCUGCGCAUGUGUCAGACAACGCUGGGAAACAUGGUCCUUGUGGACGUCACACAGUACCGCCUGGCUGGGCCUAUAGAGUUUGACAGUCUGAAAAAUAAUGUGGUCUUGGACUUGGAAAAAUCAGAGGAAAAACUCAUGCACAACUGGCAUCCUGGGAUCAUCAACAUCUUCACAGACAAGAACAACUUCCUGGGUGUCCAAGACAUCGACGCCUUUUAUCGCAGUGUCACAACCCUCAUAUCCAACCAGCUCAAAGAUUUGCUAGUGCGGACCCUGGACGCCUACACAAGCCUGUUUGAGCCAGAGAACCACCUGCUGCUGCCCAUCCUCAAGAUGGAGCUGACCUUUGAUGACCAGACGAUGCAGUUCUACCCCCCAGUGGAGGACCUGGAGGAAACCAUUUUGUUUGUCCUCACUCAGAUCUGUAAAACUAUGCAGCAGGUUCCAACAGUACAGUCCUGGCUAGGAGGGGGGAACACAGUGAGCUUCACAGACGCCAAGAUAUCCCCACACAUCCUGGAGAAGUAUGUCCAAAUGCUCAAGCAGGCGGUCAAGCGUCUGUUUGAGGGUCCACAACAACACCUGGAGGCAUUCAUGCAAAAGUACAACUACAUUGUGAAUGGGGAGGCUCUCGCUGAGAUCAAGGAGUAUAUGAAGGAUGAGCACACCUUUGCUGAGUACACAGGGGAGAUUGAAAAAUUCCGUAGCCUGGCUUCAGAAAUUAUGGGCCUGCCCAGCAUUGAGCACUUUGACAUGAUACGUCUGGACUGUGAGGACCUGAAACGGGGCCUGGCCAGGGUCUGCAGAAGUCACGCAGACGAGCUGCUCAGUCGAGUCUCUAGUGAUCAUCGUAGAGAGAAUGAAGGUAUCUGUAAGGAGUUCCAGCUGAUCAAGGAACGCUCGCUGACAGUUCCCAACUCCAGUGAGGAACUGAUUGACAUGCUGACAUUUGUUGAGACUGCCAGAACCAUGGGCAUGAUCAAGCUUAACGAGAGGAUUACGGAAUCCAAAGACAGAUUGGCCUACCUGAUAGAUGUGUUUUUCUUUGAGCCAAAAGAUAUUGAGCUGAACUGUGAGGUUCUCACAUGGCCCACCAGGAUCAUGCCCAUCUUUGAUGAAAACGACACUUUGGUGGAACAGUCUAGACUGAAGGGAGAGAAGGAGCUGAUCCACAGGAGAGAGAAGAUCAUGUUGGAGCUGGAGAAACUGCGGAUGAGGGUGGAUGAGUUCAACGACUACGGGGAGCUGGACAUGAUGCAGCAGUACGUCCAGGAUGUUCGUCAAGUCCAGCGCCGCAUUCAGGACCUUAACGAACAGGUCAACUGGAUAAACAAAGAGGAGCAACUGUACAAGUAUCCAAUAUCCACAUAUCCAGACAUCGAGGACAUCAGCUCCUCCCUCGAUCCAUUCUUAAGGUUGUUCACUGUCAUCUCCAAGUGGCAGAGAGCUGAGAAAAAGACAAUGGAUGGAGCUUUUCUUGAGCAAAAUGCUGAGGCUAUAGAGUCAGAGGUGGAUGAGUUCUACAGAGACCUGUUUAAGACCCAGAAAGUUUUCAACCAGAAGGUGAAGAAGAUGCAGCUAGAGAAGGAGGAGAUGGAGAGGGAGAAGAAGAAGAAGAAGAGGCUGCAGGACGAGGAUGGGGAGGCGCCGUCAACAGAACCAGAGGAGGAGGAGGCCUUGAGAAUCCCAGAGGCCAUCAACAUCAUCAACACAACCAUGGAGGCCAUCAGACAGUUCAAGGAAGUGAUUCCAGUGAUUGCCAUCAUGUGCAACCCCGGCAUACGCAAGCGCCACUGGGACCGCAUGAAUGAGAUCGCAGGCUUUAACCUGACCCCUGACGCAGGCACCACCCUGCGCAAGAUGCUCAAGCUGAACAUUGAGCCUUUCCUGGAACAGUUUGAGACCAUCUCAGGGUCUGCUUCAAAGGAAUUUUCUCUGGAGAAAGCUCACAUCAAGAUGGUGGAGGAAUGGGAGUCCAUAAACUUUACUCUCAUACAGUACCGUGACACAGGUGUCAGCAUCCUGGCGUCAGUUGAUGACAUGCAGACGACACUGGAUGACCAGAUUGUCAAGACACAGACCAUGAGAGGCUCGCCCUUCAUUAAACCUUUUGAGAAGGAGAUGAAGGACUGGGAGGACAAGCUGAUGCACACCCAGGAGACCAUAGACGAGUGGCUGAAGGUGCAGGCCCAGUGGCUGUAUCUGGAGCCCAUCUUCUCCUCGGAGGACAUCAUGCAGCAGAUGCCAGAGGAAGGCAGGCUCUUCCAGAUGGUGGACAGGAACUGGAAGGACAUCAUGAGGAACACUAGUAAAGAUCCUAGGGUGCUAGUUGCAUGCAACGUGCCAGGACUGCUGGACAAACUACAGGACAGUAACGGUCUGCUGGACAAGAUCAACAAGGGACUGAACGCUUAUCUAGAGAAGAAACGUCUUUUCUUCCCAAGGUUCUUUUUCUUGUCAAACGACGAGAUGCUGGAGAUUUUGUCCGAGACCAAAGACCCAACGCGUGUCCAGCCUCACCUGAAGAAAUGUUUUGAGGGCAUCGCCAAGUUGGAGUUUGACAACCAACUGGACAUCCACGCCAUGUUCAGCAGUGAAGGGGAGAAGAUCAAGCUAAGCCAGGUGAUCUCAACGUCCGAGGCCAGAGGUGCGGUGGAGAAGUGGCUGCUUCAGGUACAAGAUGUCAUGUUGAUGUCAGUCAGAGAUGUCAUUGAGAGAGCUGUUGAGGCGUACCCAAUGACCCCACGUACUGAAUGGGUGAAGGUGUGGCCGGGGCAGGUGGUGUUGUGUGUGUCGCAGGCCUUCUGGACAAGAGAAGUUCACGAGGUCAUCCCAGGUGGACCCCAGGGGCUGAGGGAAUAUUACGAGAAGCAAAAGAUACAGAUGAAUGAACUGGUUGCCCUGGUGCGAGGCAAGUUGACCAAACAACAACGCAUCACGCUGGGCGCUCUGGUCACUAUUGACGUCCAUGCUAGAGAUGUCAUCCUCGAGAUGGCAGACAAAGGUGUGGCCACAGAGAACGACUUCAACUGGCUGGCACAGCUGCGCUACUACUGGGAGGAGUCGAGGAUGUUGGUGCGCAUCACCAACGCCACCGUCAAGUACUGCAAUGAGUACCUGGGCAACUCAGGGCGUCUGGUCAUCACCCCACUCACUGACAGAUGCUACAGGACUCUGGUUGGUGCCUUCCAUCUGAACCUUAACGGGGCCCCUGAGGGUCCAGCAGGGACUGGCAAGACGGAAACAACAAAAGAUCUGGCUAAAGCCAUCGCCGUCCAGUGUGUGGUCUUCAACUGCUCCGAUGGUCUGGACUACAUUGCUAUGGGGAAGUUUUUUAAAGGUCUGGCUUCAGCUGGUGCCUGGGCUUGUUUUGAUGAGUUCAACAGAAUUGACUUGGAGGUGCUGUCUGUUGUAGCCCAGCAGAUUUUGUGCAUCAUACGAGCUGUCCAAGCCCACGUGGACAGGUUUGUGUUUGAGGGCACAGAGCUGAACCUCAACCCAAACUGCUACGUCUGCAUCACGAUGAAUCCUGGCUACGCUGGCCGCUCAGAGCUGCCAGAUAAUCUCAAAGUUCUCUUCAGGACGGUCGCCAUGAUGGUCCCUGACUAUGCCAUGAUUGCCGAGAUCUCCCUCUACUCCUACGGGUUCCUGGACGCCAGAAGUCUGGCCGUGAAGAUUGUCACCACGUACAGGCUGUGCUCUGAGCAGCUGUCCUCACAGUUCCACUACGACUAUGGCAUGAGAGCUGUCAAGGCUGUGUUGUCUGCUGCUGGCAAUCUCAAGCUCAAGUUCCCUGAUGAGGCGGAGGAUAUACUGCUGUUGAGGUCUAUCAUGGAUGUGAACCUGCCCAAGUUUUUGUCCCACGACAUCCCUCUCUUCACUGGCAUCAUAUCAGAUCUGUUUCCUGGGCUUCAGCUGCCUGAAGCAGACUAUAAGGUGUUCCUUGAUGCCAUGGUCAGAGUCUCAGACCAGAAGAACCUCCAGUUUGUCCAGUUCUUCAAAGAGAAAAUCAUCCAGACGUACGAGAUGAUGAUAGUCAGACACGGUUUUAUGCUUGUUGGUGAACCUUUUGGAGGGAAGACCAAGGUCCUGGAGACCCUACAGGAGGGGAUGACCUUGCUGAGUAAUGAGGGGGAGGAGGAGUAUGAGAAGGUCAUCUCUAGGAUCAUUAACCCCAAGUCUAUCACCAUGGGUCAGCUCUUUGGGCAGUUUGACCAGGUCUCACAUGAGUGGACAGACGGAGUUGUGGCCAACACGUUCCGAGAGUUUGCCUCCACCGACACGCCGGACAGGAAGUGGGUGAUAUUUGACGGCCCCAUUGACGCGCUGUGGAUAGAAAACAUGAACACGGUGCUGGACGACAACAAAAAACUUUGUCUGAUGAGUGGAGAGAUCAUACAGAUGUCAACUGUCAUGUCGCUGAUCUUUGAGACAAUGGACCUCUCCCAGGCCUCGCCUGCCACUGUCAGCCGAUGUGGUAUGGUGUACCUGGAACCCACGACCCUGGGGUGGCGCCCCCUGGUCAAGUCGUGGCUGCACCUGUUCCCCAAAGUUGUGGGUGAGGACGCCAUAGAGAUGCUGCAUGCCAUGCUGGAGUGGCUGGUGGACCCUUGUCUGGACUUUGUCAGGAAAAACUGCAAGGAAUAUGUUCAAGGCAGCCCAGCCAAUCAGACCAAGUCUCUCAUGUACAUGAUUGACAUGCUCAUGUAUGAUGGGAUAUCAGCAGAAGAUGCAGCUGAAAACCGCCAUUUAAAAACAUGGCUUUCAGCUGCAGUCUUGUUUUCCAUUCCCUGGUCUAUUGGGGGUUGUAUUGAUGUGGACAGCAGGACCAAGUUUGACUCGUUCUACCGUGAGCUGGUGGCUGGCAAGUUUGAAGCCCACCCCAUCCCCAAGGAGAUUGGUAAAGUGGAGAUGAUGAUCCCAGCUGAACACCCGGUCUAUGACUAUUAUUAUGAGCAAAAGGCCAAAGGUCAGUGGAACCACUGGAAUGUUCUGCUGAGAGGAUCUGAACCCAAGACAACCAAGAUCCGUGAGAUGCUGGUCCCAACCAUGGACACCGCACGCUACACCUUCAUCAUGGACCUGUGUAUCCAUCACAACAGACCCCUGCUACUAGUUGGCCCAACUGGCACAGGAAAAAGUGCGUACGUGCAGCAGAAACUGAUGCAUGAGCUCCCACAGGACAAGUACCUGGCCACUUUCAUCAAUUUUUCUGCCCAGACAAGUGCAAAUAUGACUCAGAACAUCAUCAUGUCCAGGCUGGACAAGCGCAGGAAGGGCGUGUUUGGGCCCCAGGUGGGCAAGAAGGCCAUCAUCUUUGUUGAUGACCUGAACAUGCCAGCUAAAGAGGUGUACGGAGCCCAGCCCCCCAUAGAGCUGCUGCGACAGUUUAUUGACCACGGCAACUGGUAUGACCUUAAGGACACAAGCAAGAUUGUCCUCCAGGACAUACAGUUCCUGACCGCCAUGGGUCCUCCUGGCGGUGGUCGUAACACCAUCACCCUGCGCUUCAUGCGACACUUCAACAUCAUAUCCAUGAAUCCUUUCAAUGAUGAGUCCAUGACCAAGAUCUUCAACACACUCAUCAGCACAUAUCUCAGGCAACAAGAAUUCUCAUCCGACUACUUUGGUGUUGGCACAACAAUUGUCAAUGCAACAAUGGAGAUGUACAAAGAAGCCAUGAAGAACCUUCUGCCCACCCCAGCCAAGUCGCACUACAUCUUCAACCUCAGGGACUUCUCUCGUGUCAUACUCGGGGUCUGCCUCAUCAAGAAGGACCAGGUCCAAGACAAGAAAACUUUGAUCAAAUUGUGGGUCCAUGAAGUGAUGAGGGUGUUCUAUGAUCGUUUGGUCGAUGAUGCUGACAGAGCCUGGCUUUUCCAAACUGUGGCUGGCCUUCUUAAAGACCAAUUCAAGGAAAAUAUGGACGGCUUGUUUGUCAACCUGACCAAUGGUGGACAAGGUGGCAAGGUACAAGAGGAAGACCUGCGCAGCUUGAUGUUUGGGGACUACAUGGACACAGACGCCAUGCCAGAGGACCGGGUCUAUAAGGAGGUCGGGUCACUGGAUGAGUUCUACAACGUGGUCUCCGUCUGCCUAGAGGAAUACAACAACACACACAAGAACGCCAUGAACCUGGUCAUUUUCAGGUAUGUUUUAGAACACCUGUCCCGUAUCUGUCGAAUCUUGCGCCAGCCUGGAGGUAAUGGCAUGCUGGUGGGUGUGGGUGGCAGUGGCCGCCAGUCACUGACCCGCCUGGCUACGGCCAUGGCUGGACACAACCUGUUCCAGCCAGAAAUCUCUAAAAAUUAUGGCACCAACGAGUGGAGAGAGGAUGUCAAGAGUGUGCUGAAUGCUGCUGGGGGGCAGGGGAAGACAACUGUGUUCCUGAUCACUGACACACAGAUCAAACAAGAGUCAUUCCUGGAGGACAUUGACUCCCUGCUCAACACUGGGGAGGUCCCAAACUUGUUCGCCACUGAUGAAAAGGCUGAAAUCAUGGAGGCUGUCAGACCUGUGGCCCAAGCUGGCAACAAAAAUGCUGACUUCUCUCCCCUGGCUCUCUUUGCCUUUUUUGUCAACCGCUGUCGAGAGAACCUCCACAUCAUCAUCGCAUUCAGCCCAAUUGGUGACGCUUUCCGCAACAGGCUGCGUCAGUUCCCUUCUCUAAUUAAUUGCUGCACCAUUGAUUGGUUCCAGGCAUGGCCAGACGACGCCCUGAUGCGCGUGGCCAACAAGUUUCUAGAAGAGGCCGACAUUGAGGACAGGGAGAAGGUCGAGGUCGUCAACAUCUGUAAAUCUUUUCAUCAGAGCGUCAGGGAACUGUCAGAGAGAUUCCUUCAAGAACUAGGUCGUCACAACUACGUGACACCAACCUCAUAUCUGGAGCUGAUCAACUCCUUCAAGAACCUUCUACAGAAGAAACAAGACGAGACCAUGAAGGCUAAGAGGCGUUACCUGGUUGGGCUGGAAAAACUGGCUUUUGCUGCGUCACAGGUGGCCACCAUGCAGAAAGAGCUGGAAGAGCUCCAGCCACAGCUGGUCGUGUCUGCAGCCGAGAAUGAGAAGAUGUUGAAGGUCAUCGAGGUCGACUCAGCAGACGUAGAGAAGACCACAGAGAAGGUCAAGGCCGAUGAAGCUGUUGCCAAUGAAAGCGCAUCGCAGGCCCAGGCCCUGAAGGAUGACUGCGAGGCCCAGCUGGCUGAAGCUAUACCAGCCCUGGAGAUGGCUAUAGCUGCACUUAACACUCUCAAGCCUGCAGACAUCACCAUCGUCAAGUCUAUGAACAACCCACCCGCGGGGGUCAGGCUGGUCAUGGCAGCCGUGUGCGUCAUGAAGGACAUCAAACCAGAGAAGGUCAACAACCCAGACAAGCCGGGUCAGAAGAUGAAUGACUUCUGGGGUCCCAGCAAAAAGCUCCUGGGUGACAUGAACUUCCUGCAAGGCCUGCUGGAGUAUGACAAGGACAACAUCGCAGUCAGCAUCAUGAAGAAGAUCAGGGAGGAAUACAUCACCAACCCCAUGUUCAAGCCAGAGAUUGUGGCCAACGCUUCCUCGGCUGCUGAAGGUCUGUGUAAAUGGAUUUUGGCCCUGGAGGUCUACGACAGGGUGGCCAAGGUGGUGGCCCCCAAGAAGGAGAAGCUGAGAGAGGCCGAGGCCGAGCUGGGUAAAAUGAUGGAGAACCUGAACGCCAAGAGGGCAGAGCUGGCCGCUGUACAGAAGAAGCUGGAGGAUUUGAAGAACACGUUCAAGGAGAUGACAGACAAGAAGCAACAGCUAGAGUUUCAGGUUGACCUGUGUGGCAAGAAGCUGGUCAGGGCGGAGAAGCUGAUUGGUGGCCUGGGUGGGGAGAAGGAGCGGUGGACCAACGCCGCGGCCGAGCUACAGAGCAUCUACGACAACCUGAUGGGUGACGUCCUCAUCUCCGCCGGCGUCAUCGCCUACCUGGGCCCCUUCACACGUUCAUUCAGGGACUCUGAGACCUCCAGGUGGAUCAAGUUGUGUCAGUCCAAGAAAAUUCCCUGCUCCGUUGAGUUUUCCUUGAGCAAGACGUUGGGUGAGCCAAUCAAAAUUCAGGCCUGGAACAUCGCUGGUCUACCCAAAGACAGCUUCUCUGUGGACAACGGGGUCAUUGUGGCUAACUCCAGAAGGUGGCCCCUGAUGAUUGACCCCCAGGGUCAGGCCAACCGCUGGGUGAAGAACUCGGAGAAAGACAACACGCUGUCAGUCAUCAAGCUGUCUGACGCUGACUACAUGCGCACACUGGAGAACUGCGUCACGUUUGGCAACCCCCUGCUGUUGGAGAACGUGGGGGAGGAGCUCGACCCCUCCCUGGAACCUCUGCUGCUCAAACAAACAUUUAAACAAGCUGGCGUGGAGAUGAUCCGCCUGGGUGACAACAUCAUAGAGUAUAGCCAGGACUUCAGGUUCUACAUCACCACCAAGCUGCGCAACCCUCACUACCUGCCCGAGCUGUCCACCAAGGUGUCGCUGCUCAACUUCAUGAUCACACCAGAGGGCCUGGAGGAUCAGCUGCUGGGCAUUGUGGUAGCCAAGGAGAGGCCAGAGCUAGAAGAAGAGCGUCAGGCCCUGAUUGUGACCAGCGCCACCAACAAGAAGCAGCUGAAGGAGAUUGAAGAUAAAAUCCUACACACACUCUCUGCCUCGGAGGGGAACAUUCUGGAAGACGAGCAGGCUAUACAGGUGCUGGACUCAUCCAAAGUCUUGUCUGACGAGAUCUCUAAAAAACAGAAGGUGGCUGAAGAAACUGAGAAAAAAAUUGAAGCCUCCCGAAUUGGCUACAGGCCAAUAGCCAAGCACUCGUCGACCUUGUUUUUCUCCAUCACUGACCUGCCCAAUAUUGACCCCAUGUACCAGUACUCACUCACCUGGUUUGUCAACCUGUUCAUCAUGAGCAUCCAGGACAGCAAUAAGUCAAAAAUAAUUGAGCGCCGCCUGCGCUACCUGAGCGAUCAUUUCACGUUGCAGCUGUACGACAACGUGGCGCGGUCUCUCCUGGCCAAGCACAAACUUGUCUUCUCGUUUAUCCUGUGUGCCAACAUGCAGUUAGCUAAAAAAGAGUUGAACCUGGAGGAGUACAUGUUUUUCUUGACUGGUGGAAUUGGUCUGGAAAACAAACUGGCAAACCCUGCUCCUACCUGGCUCAUAGACAAAUCUUGGGAUGAAAUCUGCAGGAUGAGUGACCUCAAAAACUUUAAAGGCUUCAGGGAGGACUUUGCAAAAAAUAUCAGCAAAUGGGCAGACUACUACAAUGAAAAAGAGCCACACAAGGUAGAGUUACCCGAGCCUUGGAACACAAAACUAAACGACUUCCAGAAAAUGAUUUUGUUGAGGACCAUCAGGGCAGAUAAGAUUGGGCUGGCCAUCACAGAAUUUGUCAUGGAGAAGCUGGGCAAGAAGUUUGUGGAGCCACCACCAUUUGAUCUGGCCAAGAGCUAUGUGGACUCCAACUGCUGCACCCCCCUCAUUUUCAUCCUCUCCCCCGGGGCGGACCCCACCAUGAGCCUGCUCAAGUACGCAGAGGACAAGGGGUUUGGCGGGAACAAGUUCAACUCCAUCUCCCUGGGCCAGGGUCAGGGUCCUAUUGCGGCCAAGAUGAUCAAACAGGCCAGAGAGGAGGGCACCUGGGUCCUGCUACAGAACUGUCACCUGGCCGUGUCCUGGAUGAACGCGUUGGAGAAGAUCUGUGAGGAGUUCACACCAGAGAGCACCAACUCUGGCUUCAGGCUCUGGCUGACCAGCUACCCCUCCCCCAAGUUCCCAGUCACUGUUUUACAAAAUGGCGUCAAGAUGACAAAUGAACCUCCAACUGGACUGCGCCAGAACAUGCUACAGAGCUACCUCAACGACCCAAUCAGUGACGAGACCUUCUUUAAAGGCUGCAAGGGCAAGGAACAGAAUUUUGAGAAGCUUCUGUUUGGUCUCUGCUUCUUCCACGCUCUGGUCCAGGAGAGGAGGAAGUUUGGACCCCUGGGCUGGAACAUUGCCUACGGGUUCAAUGAGUCAGACUUGAGGAUCUCCGUCAGGCAACUUCAGAUGUUCAUCAACGAGUAUGAGGAUGUGCCAUUUGAGGCCAUCACCUACAUGACGGGUGAAUGUAACUACGGUGGCCGUGUGACGGACGACUGGGACAGGCGCUGUCUGAUGACCAUCCUGGCUGACUUCUUCAACGUGGCCAUCAUCACAGACCCCAAGUACAAGUUCUCUCCCAGUGGCAACUACCACUGCCCAGGGAAGACGGGAUAUACAGAGGCAGUAGAGUUCAUCAAGAACCUUCCACCGAGCCAGUACCCAGAAGUUUUUGGCAUGCAUGAAAAUGUGGACAUCUCGCGUGAGCUGCAGGAAGUGCGUCUGCUGUUUGACUCAGUCCUGCUGACCCAGGGGGGACAGGGGGGUGGGGGAGGCAGCACUGAUGAGGCACUGGCUGACAUCGCAACCGACAUCUUGUCCAAGCUUCCCAAAGAUUUUGACAUCGAGGCUGCCAUAAAAAAGUACCCAGUGAUCUACAACGAGAGCAUGAACACAGUGCUGGUGCAAGAGAUGGAAAGGUUCAAUAAACUGCUCAUCAUGAUCCGGUCAAGCCUCCAAAAUAUCCAGAAAGCCAUCAAGGGUCUUGUGGUCAUGUCCGCAGACCUGGAGGCUCUGGCUGGGAGCCUGUUGAUUGGCAAGCAGCCGGCCAUGUGGACCAAGACCUCGUACCCCUCCCUCAAACCUCUGGGCAGCUACAUCAGCGACUUCCUGGAGAGGCUGCGCUUUCUGCAGCAAUGGUACGAUCAUGGGAAACCUGAAGACUUCUGGGUCUCUGGUUUUUUCUUCACCCAAGCCUUCUUGACUGGUGUCAUGCAGAACUUUGCCAGGAAAUACACCAUACCAAUAGACAAACUGGCCUUUGAUUUUGAGGUUCUGGUCCAUGACAGAAUGGAGAAAGCUCCAGCUGAUGGUGCCUACAUUUAUGGUCUGUUCCUUGAUGGUGCACGCUGGGACAAGCAACAGGGUUGCCUGGAGGAGCAGCUGCCCAAAAUUCUCAACGAGCCCGUGCCUGUCAUCUGGCUCCACCCCAAGCGCAUGAACGAGAUUGACGAGAGCAACAAGCGCUACAAGUGUCCAGUCUACAAGACCAGCGAGCGCAAGGGCGUGCUGUCCACCACUGGUCACUCCACCAACUUUGUCCUGGCCAUCUGGCUGCCCACCAAGAAACCCGUCCAGCAUUGGGUCAAGCGUGGCUGCGCCUGUUUGUGUCAGAAAGAUGAUUAGAUUCUGGCGACCCAGCAGUCAGCCAGAGCCAUUGAACCAGCUGGUUUUAAAAGAUGAUUAGAUUCUGGUGACCCAGCUGUCAGCCAGAGCCCUGGAACUAGCUGGUUUUAAAAUGCUUUCCUCACAGCAUUACUAGAUGCAGAACAAAUGUCAAAGGUCACUGUUCUGUAAUGUAGGCAUCACAUGUCACUUGUGUGUAAGAAAAAUGUGAUAUUUACAAUGUAUUCUAAUUACAUUCCCAUGUAUUAGACAAAAUAUAAAUCCCCCCUCCCCCAUAGCAUUUUCAUAUAAACAACUUUUUAUUCAGGAUAAUUCAUCAAUGAUGAUCCAUCAUUGACACCAUUGUUGUCUAUUCAUACAUUUUUUGUGUUUAUUUUCUCACCUCAUGCUAUUAAAACACAAUAAAUCAUGAAAUGAAGGGAUAUAUUUUAGCUUUCAUUCCUUGUGGACAACGUGAAAUCAACACAAUGUCACUUCAAUGUCUCUUCCAGUAAUGGUCAGCCACAUAGUUUUUUUACUCACAUUAAAUGUAACAUUGUAUAAUGUAAAUACAAAAUGUUUAUGCAAAUUGUUUGACUGUGAUAUUUUAUUGUUACUGUACAGACAUCCCUAGUAUUAAUUUUUAAACUGCUUCAACUGCAAUUUUACAGGUUUAUUUUAAAAUUAUACCGUCCAAUUAUGAUGCCAUUGUUUUUAAAUGUACUGUAUACACAUUAAUAUAUCUCUAGUUAUUACUUACAGUUACAGGCCUAAUGUUGAGUUACACUUCAAAUAUUUAAAUCUAUUUCUCCAUGUCCUGCCACUUAAUCCUGUAAGGAUCACGUGGUGCAAACCGCUGCUAUAUUUUUGUAUUUUUAAUUUAUUCUUAUAAAAAUUUUAAAAUCUAAAAAUAGCUAUUUAUUUUUGUUGAAGCUGAGCUUAUGACCUAUUUAAAUGAACUUUGCCUUCAAGAUGUUUGGAUGCUAAUGAAUAUAACAUACAAUCACACAUAAGCUGUAUGUCCAACAAUCACUCUACUUCACCGACAACUUCUGUCAUGUUAGAAUUUUUUUAGCUGAAUUUUUGUCUUUCUUACUAACCAGUUUGUUUUUUCAGUGGUUGUGUUUUUGUAAUGAGAUUUAAAUUUGAAUUCAUCCUGUUGUGUCUUGGUGUAGAGUUUUCUGCCCUUCAGCAGAGUUAAGGGCCUUGUGAGCUGUUGUGUGUUGAUGGAGUACCACCCAGGUGAUGUUGUCAUACAACUUAUUUACAUAAUUUGCUUUUUUUUUUUUGCAUAAUGACCAAAAAUAAACUUUUUCUUACUAAAAAUAAUUGCAGACUCUGUGUGAAUAAUAAAUGAUUAAAAAAAUUUGUGUUAGCUUUACAAAAGUUAAGUGGGUAAAUUAAAUGUGAGCGUUAAUUUUGUGAUCAUUUGAAAGGAAACAUCAUUUAUCUGGCAUGUGUUAGCCUUUAAAUACUUGAUGAGGCUGUCUAAUUUUAUGUGUGUGAUUUUAACAUGUUUUUUUUACUUGAUGACAUAGCUAUCAUAAGUCAAUAAAGGAACAUAAAUAUUGUAAUUCAAGAUUUUGUUUUGUACUGUG